UCUAUCAAUUAUAUAACCAUCUACAUAUAGUUAAAAAAAAAUUGUCUUAAUGUAAUAACUUUAUAAUAUACACAACAAAAAGACAAAACAAUGAAAACAAUGAAACCAAACUUAAAUGAGUACGGUUGAUUAACAGCACUGUUUCUCUAUCAACUCUGAAUAUUUGUCGCUGCUAUCAGGAAGAUUAUGCAACGUGUUCGAAGAUAACGUUAUACGUUUUUCGGCGCGCAAGAGUGAUCAGGGAGGGAGUAAAGAUGGCGGAAAAGAUGGAAAUGAGAGAGAGAGAGAGAGAGAAACCAAGAGAAUACUCGCAGUCUCGUCCGCCAGAUGACGCCUGCUCGCUGGACGUUCGCGCGUUUGCAGACUCCGACUCCGACCUCCAAUUUACUUUACUUUAAGGACAAGUCUCUCAAUUGUGCUCGUCACCUCGUCACGUUCAUUCAAUAAAUUCAGAACUCAUGUGAAUUGCCCCCGUGACCGGACAGAUCGCAAUCGUCGGCCGCGAUGACACUGGAGGCGAUAAAAUGGAACAAGGUAAACGGCAAGCUGGAAAUCCUGGACCAAACGCUGUUACCGGCAACCACAUGCUAUAUCCAGGUCAAUGGCGUUAAGGAUGGUUGGCACGUGAUCAACAAGAUGCAAGUACGAGGUGCACCAGCAAUCGCUUUAGUGGGCAGCCUCAGUCUGGCAGUGGAGAUCCUUCAACAUCCAGGUUACGAACAUAAAAUGGCUCUUCGUCAGGCCAUCAAAGAUAACUUGGAUUACCUGUUAACGGCUCGUCCCACUGCAGUUAAUAUGAAGACAGCAGCCAACGAGCUUGGGGACCUAGCAUAUUCACUCAGUGAGGAUACAUGCACAUUAUCUGAAAUGAUAGACAGAUUCAUAGAUAAAGUAAGUGAUAUGCUAGAAUUGGAUAUAAAGGACAAUAAAUCAAUAGGGGAUUUUGGAAGUAAUGAAAUUCUGGGCAAUGUACCUAAGGAAAGUUGUGUCAGAGUUCUCACCCACUGCAAUACAGGGAGUCUUGCUACCGCGGGAUAUGGCACAGCUUUAGGCGUCAUCAGAUCUCUUCACAAGACAGGGAAGCUGGAACAGGUCUAUUGCACCGAGACUAGACCAUACAAUCAAGGCGCCCGUUUAACUGCUUAUGAAUUAGUAUACGAAAAAAUACCAGCAACUCUAAUCUGUGAUGACAUGGUUGCUGCAGUAAUGAAAACGAAACAGCUUAGCGCGGUUGUUGUGGGUGCAGACAGGAUUGCUAGGAAUGGCGACACUGCAAACAAAAUUGGGACUUAUCAGAUUGCAGUUCUCGCUAAGUAUCACAAUAUUCCUUUCUACGUGGCUGCACCAUUGACGACCGUGGACUUCCAAAUGCCCAACGGUGAUAAGAUAAUCAUCGAGGAGCGAUCCGAACGAGAGAUGACUCACAUAAACGAUAAGAGAAUCGCAGCAGAAGGCAUAACGUGUUGGAAUCCAGCAUUUGAUGUGACCCCGGCGAAUUUAAUUACUGGUAUAAUUACAAAUAUUGGUAUUUUUAAGCCAUCAGAAUUGGCAGACAUUGAUGUGGAAAAGCAUACGUCACAACGUGCCUAGUCUUUACAGGAAAGAUCUGUAAAGUUUCAUAAAUACAUACACGUUUAAAAACGUUUAUGUAUAUAAGAUCUGUUUUCUAUCGAAUAAAGAGAUUUAUUACAUUCCUUCGUGGAUGCGUGUUCAAAGUGCAAUAUAAUUAGUUUCGAUAUUAUAUUUUCUAUCUAAUAAAGAGAUUUGUUACAUUCCUUCGUGGAUGUCUUCAAAGUACAAUAUAUGUACGUUUUAUAAUGUUAAGUGUAUUACAAGUUAUGUAACAUUAAAUAUCAGCAUUGAAAUUUUCAA